GCACCAAAUCAGUAUCGACGAAGAAGAAGGCAUCCGUGGAGUCAUGUAAUCAUAACCAAGACCAAGGUUAUACAGAGGAUACAGAUGGAAAAUAUGAGCACGUUUUGAAAGUUAUCACCCUAUCAAGCUCAGGUCGAGAUGAAUGUCCCCUGUUUCUUGUCCUCUGCUGCCCGGAGUUUCAUCCUGCCUUGUCCUGCUGCAGGUCUGCUCUGCUGCCAGCUGCUGAGCUCAGGAACAAGAAGAAGUAUGUCCUCCAAAAGGCAGAUGGAUCAUCUGGAGAGAACCUCAAACAACACGAGACAAAAUGCUCUGUACCCGGCUCAAGUGUGCAGCAUCAUGAAUGAAUCAGAGACGGUGAAACGUCUGAGACUGGCAGUCCACCCAGACUUCAGCUUCAGGGCGGGCCAGUGGGUGGACUUCUUCAUCCCUGGUGUGGAGACGGUCGGAGGUUUCUCCAUGUGCUCCAGUCCAGGUUUGCUACAGAGGGAGGGUGUCGUCGAACUGGCCGUCAAAUACACCAAACACCCUCCAGCACACUGGGUCCACACCAUGUGUACAGUCGGGUCUCGGGUGGCCAUGCGUGUCGGAGGAGACUUCUUCUUUGACCCGUCACCUUCUGACGCAGCUGUGGAUCUGCUGCUGGUGGCCGGCGGUGUAGGGAUCAACCCCUUAUACUCCAUCCUGCUGCACACCACAGAUCUGCUCCAUCUCAACCAGGCAUCUGGUGGGCGGGACUACAACAUAGGCUCCGCCCACCUUUGCUACAGUGCUAAGAACACACAGGAACUGCUUUUUAAGAGCUCCAUCAUCGAGGCGUGUCGGGAGUUCCCUGACAAGUUCUCCUGUGACUUCCACGUCACGCAACAGAGCACAGAUGUCGACCCGCACCUCCAGCCAUUCCUCAACCGUGGGAGGAUCACAGAGGAGAAGCUGCGGGCUCAUGUGGACCCACAGAGGACUUUGUGCUUCCUAUGCGGGCCUCCGCCCAUGAUUGAAGCUAUUUCAAAAACCCUGGUUGACCUAGGCCUCCCGAAAGACAGAAUCCUUUUUGAGAAGUGGUGGUAGAACCUGAGGGUGUCCUCCUCCUCCUGCUGGUGCUCCUUUCUCAGUCAGAGGAAGGAGGAUGUUUGGAGGUGUGGUGAGAAUGAGAGCAUCUGGAAUUUUCCACUCAUGUGGAUAAUAAUGAGAGCUGAAGAGCUGCAGGAAAUUCACCCUCCGCUCCUGCUGCUGUAACCUGUGCCUGCUCUGUGAUGGAGCUCUGGGGCCGCCCACUCUUUAUCCAGCAGCUGACUCACAAAGACAAAAGAGAGGAUUUUUAUUUCUUAAAAUCAGAAACGGACGACUGUACAGACUAAAACAUCAACUUUGGAACGAUAUUCCUCAGCUCACUGCCUUGAUUAAUAUUGCCAGGAUUGUGGCAGAAACAACGGGACAUUUUUGUUGCACAUUUUUAAAUCUAAUCUUCCAGCCUUUACAUUAUGUUUGCCUGAGGAUCUGCUCAUUGGUUAAACCAGGGAUGUUACUAGCUGACUAAUGAUGUAGUUUGUUAACUGAAUUUAGAUGUAACAGCUUGUCUGAAUGGAAGAAAAACACCCAGAAAGCGGACAUUUUUUAUCACAGUUAUUUACAUAUGAAUAUAUUUGGUGUAUAACCAGUGUCACAUAGGUUUGAAUAGUGUCCCUAACAGUAGCGGUACAACAGCAACCUUUGGUUCUCGUUGCAAGUUAAUGCCCACAUGCUUGUGCUGGAUGGUGUUGUACAUUGCUCUGGUCUGUCAUCACUUCAGCCUGACGCAGCCUUUAUAUAACUUAAUCUCUGCUCCAUUCAUUGUGUUUGUUAAUCUCUAGGCCAAUGGUUCUGAACUGGUGUAGCAUCAGGAACCACCACCAUCUCCUUCAUGACAAAUCGGGACCCUAACUAAAUUUUCUAACCAAAUUUUUUAAAUGCAGAAUGUUGCAUUUUGAACCUUAGAUGGAACGAAAAAUGUGAUAGAAUAAAUAGAUAAAGACAUCAUUGAAAAUAAAAGCACAACAGAAAUAUAUGCCACUAAUUUUUUUACGAGGCACACAUUUGCAACCCAAUAAAAAUGGCUCCACAACCAACUUUUGGGUCCAGACCAGUUGAGAAUCAAGGCAGUAGGGCCAGAAGAGUGGAUUUCUUUAAACCAGAGCUACACUCAGACUAUGGCUGAAGUCCUGACCCAUGGCAGAUGGCUGCGUUGCAGUUUGAGCUAGGACUGACAAUGUCAGCAUAGAAAAAUCUGAAUAUAAUCUUUAAUUGACUGGUAAUUCUGAUAUCAGCUUGUGCAUAUCCCGAGGUUAACUCCAAACUUUUAUUGUACCUAUGCAAGCAUUUCUUCCAGCAGUAAUUUGACAGUUUUGGAAAAUACACUUAUUUUCUCCACGACAAGAGUCAGAUAUAAAGAUUAUUAGCAUUAUUGUAAGCAUAGGCUUGGUGUUAAGUUAAAGGAUAAAAAUAGGUAUGAAGCUCUUUCCAACUACUACCAAUUUAACAUUUAAGCUAACUGCAGGUUAAGAAGGAAUACUCAUGCUUAUAGUGUUGAAUAUCAGCCAGUAUGGAGCACCGAUCUGGUACCGGUGUGAACUUUUUGGACUGUGCAGUGAAAAAACGGUCACAUUAUUUUAGCCCUACAGUGAAGUCAGAACAUGACUCAACAAACACAGUGGCAAUGUACAGCCUCUUUGUUAUACUUAAAUUUGUUUUUCCUGCUAAUUAUUUCGAGUUUUACGGCUAGAUAUAAGGAUAGCAAUGAUACCGAGGGCCACAUCACAUCAUUUAAAGACCCUGUAAAGUGAACUCCAAAGUUUUUGUCUUAACACUCUAGAUAUGCUGGCAUAAGGUUGCUGUAAACAUGUGAAAACACUGAGAUCUACAUGUAACUUAAUUCUGGAUUUAAAUGUUUUUUACCUCUUUCCCGGCUGGGUUUAAUUUGGGCGGGGCAAAUAUGUGGGCUGGUGAUGUCACAGGCCCACAAUGGGGAAUAACCCCACCCCCAAAAGCUGCAAUAAUAUAACAUCCCAGAGCAGUUUGUCCCAGUACAGUCUGUUAGCUGAUGUCACGGCCUUCAAUGAAAGUCUCUUAAUGUUAGCAAUGUUGCAUAAUACAGUUAGUUUUUGACAACUUAGACAGGGAUAAAGCCUUGAUGAUGAAGCUGCUAGCUUUUUCUACAUAUUUAGAGAUCAGGUUUAAAUGUGCUCAUGAUCUUUCCAUCUUACUCUAAGCUCAUGAUCUUUCCAUCUUACUCUAAGCUCAUGAUCUUUCCAUCUUACUCAAAAGUGUAUUUUUGAAAAUGUGACUUACUGCUUUUACGUCUUUAGAAUACAGAGAAUCAGGGCGAUAAGUUUGUAUUGUUGUUCUACACUCUACGUAAGUGUUUGAUGAUUGUUUUUCAUUUCAGAUACCUCCAACAUUUGAUGAAAUGUUUUUAGAAAUGUUGUAUGUAUAUUUAAUGAAAUAACUUAUUUUCAGAGCUGCUGAUUUUUAGUCGAGUUACUUUGGAGCGAACGUUCACAGACUUCACACUUGGCUUAUUUUAAGAGUCAAACACUACUCAGACACAUUCUCCCCCAUAUUGGCCAGUCUCCAUGCCUGUUUUACUCACUCUUACAUGCCUAUCUCACACGCACACUUGUACUCAAUCACACCCAUCCUCAUACCCAUAAACAUGCUGAAGUAAGUAUCCCAUGGUGCACUGUAAUGGAACCUCCAGGUGGUCUCUGAUUGGCUUGGAUCACUGAACAUCCCUCGGAGAUGGUAGCGAGCUUCUCGUUGUCGUCUCUCAGCGGGGAGGUCGCGCUCUUGAGACUCAUUUUCGAGUUGUUUCUGCAUUUCUUCCUCGUAUGAGGAAAUAAAGAAAAUUGAGUCAAUCUGUCUCAAA